UUUUGUGCUCUCGCGCCUAAACAGUGAUCUCAGAGGUUCCAGCACAACAGAGCAGAGCAUAUUAUGCUGUAGAUUGGCUCGUUUGUGUUUUGUCUUUAGAACGGGUCGUACUACGGCAUUGGUUCCCUCUGGAGAGUUUCAGUAUAAUACGAUUGCUGAUGUAGGUAUAUUGCGUGCAGAAGUUUUUGGUUUAAAAGGAAGUUUAAUACAACAGAAAUAGGAAUAUUGAAGUGAAUAUUGUGAUUAGUCGCGAUAGUGUGUUUUGUCGGAGAAAAAGGAUUUUUGUGCGAGUGUGUGUUAUAACCAAAAUCGAAUUCCCGAAGAAAAUAACUUGAGCAUUUCACCGAUGUCGAAUGUCUAAACAUUCACCCAGUUCAGCUGAGCAGUGAGUGCAAUCACGGUAACGAGAUAGCGAUCUCGUCUGGCUUAAUCAUACCGUAACCGGAACUGGCUCGUUUCGGUUUCCCUCGGGGGACCAUCCUCAGUGCCGAGUGCCGACCAUGGAUCUGCGUAGUUCCGAGGAUGCCAGCAGAUCGUCAACGUCAGAUGUGGUAAAGCUACCCAGAACUAGGAAAGGUCGGAAGCGAAAGCGUAGCUCAGAAAGUGCGAGUAUAGAACAUGAAAGCUCCGCCAAACGCAAUGCCCCCGCCGAUAGACAGUCACCACUUGCGGCCGCGUCUGCCCCGGUCAUGUCAGUGCCCAGCGUGGUCAGUACGGCCGCUUCCAGCAAUAGUGUCGCCAGUAUCAUUCCCAGCAGCGGCGAGUACAUCUCAGAUACUCAGAGUUCGUCCGAUUGUUACUCGACGACGGCCGAGAUUGACAUUUUCCCGCUGGUCAGUCCUUCCUCUGUAAAUAGUAAUAUUCUAAGUCCUACUUGUGAUGGAUCCCGCAGUAGUUGGAACACUAAGGGUGACACAACGCCACACGGCAAUAGAAAAUCCUCCUCACAUAAUAAUCAGCAACAUAGUAAUAAUAGUAGUAAUUGUGACAAUAGCUCUAGUAAAUAUUCAAAAUUAUACUGCUGCGUGACCCCGUCGUCAGAACUGCGGACCUGUCCACUGCCACCACUUUCGUGGGCUGAAAAUCGUACCGUGUGGCAGCUCAUGUGUCGAAAAGAUGAGAAGGCGUCUCUGGAACGAGAACCGAAUAUGUUCGAUCAACAUCCAGGCCUGCAACCUAGGAUGCGAGCUAUUCUGUUGGACUGGCUGAUCGAAGUGUGUGAAGUGUACAAACUACACCGAGAAACGUACUAUUUGGCUUUAAACUAUAUUGAUCGUUAUCUCAGUCGCAAAAAGGGACAAAAAAAAACCCACCUACAACUUCUUGGUAUUAGCGCACUAUUCGUUGCUGCCAAGGUUGAGGAAAUCUAUCCUCCAAAAAUAGGAGAAUUUGCAUACGUCACGGACGGCGCCUGCUCCGAGGAGGAUAUCCUCCGAGAAGAAUUGCUGCUACUGCAUGAACUUCAGUGGAGCAUCAACCCUGUCACUAUUAUGGGGUGGCUGGGGCUAUAUAUGCAAAUUCACGUCACCAACCGGCAAUCGGAAAGGCUGCCUGUUUACUCCGAGAGUAAGAGUGGAAGCUGCCGGAAGCAGCAACAUUCUGUUGCUAAACAUCAAACUGAAAAGAAACCUGACGACUCUUUUGUAUAUCCGCAAUUCUCCGGUAUGGAGUUUGCGCAGACUGCCCAACUUAUAGAUCUUUGUUCGCUGGACGUGGGUCUGGCGAACUUUCCCUACUCUGUGAUUGCUGCGGCUGCAAUGAGCCACACUUUUGAUAGAAAAACGGCUGUUAGCGUGUCUGGUUUAGACUGGGAUGUGAUUGCGCCGUGUGCCAAGUGGAUGGAGCCUUUCUUCUUGGUAAUUUGCGAUGAGAAUGAAGUAUCGCCACUGGCUCUUCUCGAGUCAAACGAGCAAGUUAAAGGUAGUUACGGCUUGGCGCACGUCUGUCCGAAUCUUGUAACGGAUAGUUCACACAUAAUUCAAACCCAUACGACAUCAUUGGAUAUGUUUGAUCGUGCCGCUUUGCGCCGCGAACAGUUGGAGGCCCUAGCCUGUAUUAUCCAGCAAGAGGCAUCUCCAGGGACGCAGCUGCUCGAUCCAGAGGGAUUGUUGCUAACGCCACCGGCCUCUAGCCGAAAGUCUCUUGAAACAAAUCUAAAUCACAAUCCGCGCGAAAUAGAAAAUAAUGUAGUGUGCACCAAGACUUGAUAAUAGGUAUUCUAACUUAGCUACACAUUUUCACCUAGAUUUCAUAGCCAUUUAGGCCUGUAAUUUAUUCGAUAAUUAUUUUCCUACCAUAUUAUUUUCUGUAGAGUUGAGCCACAAUUCGCAAAAGCUUGAAAUUACAACGGAAUCGAAUGUAACGUAAUACAUCGCACCCAAAUUAUCUCGCGACAAACCCACCCGUAUCGCGUCACACUGAAAGUGUUGCGUCGCGUUCGGGAAAGCUCAGCAACACUUUCUGCAGCACCCCGUUGUGAUUUAAUGCUUCUAUGUUUGUAGGAUGAUUUCCGUUUCAAAAAUUGUUUCUAAUUAUAAGAACAUUCACUCACUGUUGGCGUCCUUUGUCCUAAUAAAAUAGUAUCAGCUGUAAGAAGGAGGCUAUCUCACAUUUCAACUAAAAAUCCAGUAGAACGAUUCUUUCAGUUUUAUUGUAAUGUUCAUUACAGUUUUGCUAUGACGAUUUUAUUGAAAUUAUUUGUCAGUGUCAACUAACUUAGCUUAGUUUACGAAAAACAAGUGCAUUACCAACCGACUAGGUCUUGAAAAUAAAAAAAAAAAACAUUCACUCGUGAAGAAAACGUAGAUUGAUUUUCAGCAGCACAUUUAUAUCGUUAGUAUAAAUAUUUGUAUUGCUAAGCAGGCAUCUGGUUUUCUCAAUUAAUGUGAUCACUAUUGCAGACAAAUUCCAUUCCUUACGAAAAGCAUCCGAUCCAAAUAACAUAUACUAAUCACCUUGAAGCUGUUCCCAAUAAUCAACUAACAUGGAUUCCAAGCUGUGUAACCAUUAAUAUAUCCCUCAGCCAUAUUAUAGCGAUAUUACAUCAGAACUGAUUUUGCAUGAAUUUUUGCACACUUCGCAAUUUCAAUUACAAAAAUAUAUUCAAGUCUCGAUCCACUGUUGAGUUUGACUUACUUAAAACCGCCAGCUGGAGGAUUUUUAGUUCUUUUCAUCGUGUUUCACCGUAUAUUUUUUUUCAGAACUUUAAUUUUACUUUCGCAAGCAAAUUCCUUCAAGCAGCAUCCGAUCCCAAUAACAUAUAAUAACCACCGCAAAGCUGUUCCCACUAAUCGGUUAACAUGGAUUCCAAGCUCUGUAACCAUUAAUAUAUUCCUCGUUAGGCUUUAAGUUACCAGUCUGUCGACAUCAUCAUAAAAAAACACCUUCAGUAAGUCACAAAACGGUCGAAUCAUGCAUGCAUUUUUUUAUAGCCAAUGAAUAUCUCCAAUUUAGUUAUGUUCACCACAUUGAAUGUCAUAAGGAAAGCUCAAAAUCAUUUCUGGGUGGUAUUUAAGUGGUGUAACUAUUACUCCCGAAGCGAAGCUGAAGAACUCACUCUGUUCAGAAUAUAUUACAAUUUCAGUGUAAAUAGUAGAAUAUACUUUAGUUAGGUUUAUUGGAACGUUGUUCCUUCUAGGUGCAGUGGAAUAAUCAACAAAUAAUAGCCAUAAUGGCA